AUGUGUGCGCCAGCCACUGCGGCACUCCUCUUAGCCGCGCUUUCUGCUCUACCUUGCCGUGGUACCGACGCUGACUUAUCAACGAUACCAUCUAAAAUACACGAAACAUUACCAACCGUUAAUAAAUUCUACCAAAUGCUCCACGGCACAUUGGAACCAAAAUCUAACUCGAGUAACUCUAUGCAUAACUUUCUAGCUAAUUUAUUUCCUAUUAAAUUCCAAGAAUGCUGUACUUCAGAAGUUUUAAAUGAAACAAAAAGUUUCAAUGGUGCUGUAGAUAAGGGUAGAAAGCAUAGAAAGAGAAAGGUAGAUAAUGAAAAUGCAACGUAUGAAGUGACAACUAUAGUUUUGCCGCUGCCUGCUGCGCUGGAAAGGAGACGUAAGCCAGGGGAAACUGGCUCCAGCGCGCCAUUGCUCAAUUAUAUCUUUGAUACGUAUACAAAUACGCAUCAGCAUAGGAAUGAUAGGACUGGCCACGGCAAUAGUAUUUACGUAGCAGCCGCUCCUGAAAUCGAGGCUCUUGUGGGAUCAACCGCUUACAUGGACUGCAAAGUGGACGCCUUACAUGAUAAACUGGUUUCGUGGGUUCGUCGGAAAAGCGAUGAGGCGCCCAUGGAACUUCUUACAACUGGAACACAACUUUAUACAGCGGAUAGCAGGUAUUCCGCACGCUUCAUACCUCCUGACAUCUGGCGACUCGAAGUGAAAUCAGUUCGGCCAACGGACGCAGCAUUUUACGAUUGUCAAUUGUCUGCCCAUCCGCCCCGCACUGCUCGAGUCACAUUGAGAGUUCCUGAAGUAUCGGUGCGUAUAGUAGAUGGCGCUGGUGCGGUAGUAUCAGAGCAGGUGUGUGAAGUUGGCAGCACUGUGGCUCUCCGGUGUGAAGUUCGAGGCCUCAAGAUGGAGGGAGGACCUUCACUUCUUUGGCAUCGGAGGGAGUUCCUUUUAAACGACGACACCACUAGAGGUGGUAUUAGUGUACGCACGGAAUUUGGGGCAAACGGUGCAAACUCAGUCCUCCGCGUGGCGAGAGUCCGUGGCGAUGAUGCUGGCAGAUACAGUUGUAGCGUUGCUCGCGCACCACCCCCAGCCCCAGAUGCGGCACAUGUCAUGUUACAUGUUAUAAAGGGUGAGAGUCUUGCAGAACUCCAUCAAGGUGUCAAUCCAACCAGUUCAGACUCCAUCAUGGUGGUUACUUUGGCGCUGUGCGUCAUUUUACAAGCUGUGUACGUUUAA